AAUGCAAGACAAACAACAAAAUAGAACUACACAGAAUGUGGAAGUUUAAAAUUUUUCGUUAUUUAGCACGUUAUAGAGUGACGUUGUUUGUGGUGAUAUUCUUCCUUUUAGUUUUAUUACGUCAGAGGUUAAGGCAAAAUCAGGCUUUGGCCAAAACUGCAAACAAUCACCAGAAAACCUCCGAGUUGCAUUAUUCAUCUGGCCCAGACUUAGAAACAACAAGCGCAAAACAUACACAGCAGAUAACGGAAACUGAGUUUCUACAAUAUAGCCGGAGAGUUGCGAAUUUCAACUUAAUGGAGGAGACCCAUGGAAAAAGAUGGGAAAACAUACCGAAAAAAUAUUUUCUUACCGGCUGCACUACAGAAUACGCCAAUAAAUUUGAGCUGGAGCAAGACCAUCCAUGCGUCAUUCAUCUCAUAAGGAAAAAAUUUUUACGCCCACCAGCUUCUAGAAAUCUUCCGUACCAAAUGAGCCAACCAACUUUGGUUGACCCAUCAGAUGGCCAAUCUCAAGCUAUUCUGCGUCUUUUGCGCAAUCAAACGAAUGGAUUUUUUAUAGAAUGUGGGGCCUUGGAUGGCGAAUAUCUCUCAAAUACUUUAUAUAUGGAGCGAGCACUGAAUUGGGAAGGAAUUUUGAUUGAAGCUGAUCAAAAGGCUUUUAGCCAGUUGACCACUCGUAAUCGAAAAGCCUAUUCUUUACCAGUCUGCCUCAGUACAAAACCUUAUCCUAUUCAGGUUGCGUUUAAUACUUCCAGCUGGUCUGGAAGCUUUAUCGUGGAAGACAAGAGGUCAAAAGAACUGUUUCAUGAAGAAAUUCGGGAAAAACAUCAUGAAAAUUCAAAGAAUGUCUACAAAGUUCAGUGUUUCCCGCUAUACUCCAUACUUCUUGCUGUUGGGAAAACAGAAAUAGAUUUUUUUGGCCUAGAUGUGGAGGGAUCCGAGUUCAAAAUACUAAAAACUAUACCUUGGCACAAAAUCGACAUCAAGACUCUGUCUGUGGAGUGGAAUCACAUACCUGAAGGUGAAGCCGCCAUGACGCAACUAAUGCAGACAAACAAAUUCGUCAAAUUCGGACAUAUUGAAAUGGCGUUUUCCCGUGAAGUAAUUUACGUUAAAGAUUUCCUAGAUGAUUUCCGACAGUUCGAGUUUGAUUAAUUGAAAUUUGAUUCUACAAAAAAAC